CCUUCCCCUCCCCCCUUCCCUUCCCCUCCCCCCCCUUCCCUCUCCCCCCAUGGACAUGCUGGAUCCCGGCCUGGACACAGCCACUGCCUCUGCUGCUGCCAGCCACGAGAAAGCUCAAGAAGGAGAAGAGGGAGUCGAGCUGCAGGAAGGAGACGGCACGAAUGCGGAUGAGCAGACUGCAGUGGCUAUCGCCAGCGUCCAGCAAGCGGCCUUCACAGACCACAAUAUCCAAUACCAGUUCCGCACAGAGAACAAUGGAGGACAGGUAACAUACAGAGUAGUCCAGGUGACGGACAGUCAGCUGGACGGACAGACGGACGCAACGGGAGCCGUCAGCGUGGUCUCGACGGCGGCGUUCGCCAGCGGCCAACAGGCUGUUGCCCAGGCCGUGAUCCAGAACCCUUUCAGCAAUGGCGGAAGCCCAGCGACGGACGCCGUCAGCGGAGAGGCCCGCUUUGCGUAUUUCCCGGCCUCCACAGUGGGGGAUGCCACAGCGGUGUCGGUGCAGACGACGGAUCAGUCGCUAGCCCAGGCCGGAGGCCAGUUCUAUGUAAUGAUGACGCCGCCAGACGUAUUGCAGACAGGAACGCAACGUACCAUCGCCCCCCGUACUCAUCCCUAUUCUCCGAAAAUGGACGGGACGCGGACGCCGCGAGAUGAGAGGAGAAGAGCCCAGCACAACGAAGUCGAACGGAGGAGGCGGGACAAGAUCAACAAUUGGAUCGUCCAGCUGUCGAAAAUAAUUCCAGACUGCAAUACGGACAACAGCAAGACCGGAGCGAGUAAAGGAGGCAUCCUUUCCAAAGCUUGCGACUACAUCCGGGAGCUGCGCCAGACGAACCAGCGCAUGCAGGAGACCUUCAAAGAAGCCGAGAGGCUGCAGAUGGAUAACGACUUAUUACGGCAGCAGAUUGAAGAGCUGAAGAAUGAAAAUGCACUUCUGAGAGCCCAGCUGCAGCAGCAUGGGAUCGAGAUCGUGGGAGAUGCCCCGGGGCAGUAACCCCCCCACACACUGCCUCUCCACGCGGGAUCUCAACCUCCACUUCGACUGUCCCUUUUGUAUAGCGCAAAGAGACCCUUUCCCCCUCUUCCUAGUGAACCU